AUGUGGACCAGCUACCCAUUCAAUGUACAACGCGUGGAUGCAUUGCGCUACAUGAUUCUACAGAAAUAUGGAGGUGCCGUUCUAGACUUUGAUCUGGCGUGCAAGCGAUCGCUGGAGCCGUUGCGUCGAUUCGAGUUCGUAGCGCCAGCUGCGCAUCCCGCUGGGUUCUCAAUCGGCGUGAUGCUGGCAGCGCCCAACAACCCCUUUGUCCAUGCACUCGUUGAGAACCUCCCGGUAUACAACCAAGUCUGGCCACUGUUACCCUAUGCGACUGUAAUGUUCAGUACAGGUUGUCACUACGCGUCAACCAUCUUCACUCUACAAUCUAAUCGCACAAACCUCCGGAUUUUGGCAGGACCCCCAGAUCAGCCGAGGAUGCACAUGCUCAAUGGGGUAGUGAAUACACCACUCUUCCGACAUUUCGGGUCUUCUUCCUGGCACGGUCAUGAUGCGCGGUUGAUCCAGUUCUUCAAAGAUCUCGAUCAGCGGAUAUUAUUCGCCGGGCUUGUCUUUGUAUUGGGCAGUACAGCGUUAAUUAUACUGCUCUGUAUCAGUCGGAGGCGUGCGCCAAAGGCAGACGAUGAAGAACGUCGCUUACCAUCAUUUACGAUCAAGUGGAUGACAAAGAUAGCUUAA